GUUAAAACUCUACAUAAAACAGUUAUUUCUCAGUACUGUUGUCUAAUUAGACACAGCAUAUGGACUAGUAGCUAACAAUAUUUGUAUUCAUAAAACAGUAAAAUGAUUUUUUUAAGUUUUUUAAUCGUCGUAUUUGCAAUUUUAACAAUAUAUUUUGGCACUUCUUCUGCGGCUAUUUUGAGUUCAGAGUUGAAAUCACACACGUCAGGUAAUAAUUAUGAUAUCACUGCUAUUUACAAGUUAAAGAAAACCAACGAUACAAACUGUCACGUAAUUGAUGGCCUUUUUGUCAGUUGUCGUCCCCAUAUCAAUCAGUAUGAAGUUGAAAUUAAAUUGGGAAAGAAUGCUAUUGGUAUGCCAAUUGCAUACGACGGAGAAGUGUUGAACUUUAGAAACAAAGAUUUCGAGUUUAUUGCAGACGGAAGUAAUGAAAAUAUGUACAAAUACAUAAAAGAUGACAGAAAAUAUUAUUGGUUAAUGGACCAUAGUCAAAUUUCUGACAGCGAGUAUGAUGAAGACAUUGGGCCCAGUUCAUUGUCAAGUACUCCUUACACAUUUGCAUCAAUUACAAAUACAGGCGAUGAGAUAUUAAGUAUAAACUGGAAAUCCAGCCACACGACUCAAGUAUGCAUAUCAGUAUCAUACGUGCUAAAAAAUAUUUAUUACUGUACAAUGUCAUUAGAAAUUAUUGAUAAAGAUGAUUUAAGUGUGGUAGUUUCUUAUUCAUUAGAACAAACAAACGAAAAUUUAAAAACUUUAGUAUUUCGUACAAACGAAACAUUUUGGAAGAAUGUGGAAUACGAAUUGCGACUUCAUAUUCAUAACAGUUUCCAAGUAGAUAAAUGUAUUGGAUUAAAGAGAAUAGUCCAAUGCCUCAAACCAAAUGAAUACGAAGAAGUGUAUACUGGUAUUCCUAUGAAAACGGUUCCAUCACAACCAGGAAUUUAUCCUUUUGAAGGUCGAACAAACCUUAAUUUUCACGCGGCCACAGAACAAACAUGUAAUAAUGGAGGCAUAUAUGUAAAUAAUAAAUGCGCCUGUCCACCUGGCUUUAGAGGAGACAAUUGCACAAAAGCAUGUGGACCGAAUAAAUACGGUAAAGACUGUUCCGGGAUGUGUUCAACGAAGGAAGAGGAGUGCAAAGGAAUGAUAAUGUGUACUGACUUUUUCAAAUGCGAAUGCUCUACUGGAUACACCGGAGAAUUUUGUGAAUACGAAUGUCCUCGGGGUUAUUAUGGAUUCGGCUGUAAGCAAACGUGUUCCGAAAAUUGUCUUUCUGGUGAAUGUAAUAUAUUCACUGGUACUUGUACUAAAGGAUGCAAAAAUGGUUAUAUAAUGCCCAAUUGCAUAGAAAGAUACCCAUGGCUAUUGACGGCUCCUAAAUUAAUAUCAUCUGACAUGGACUCUAUGACUUUGAAUUUAGACUUAUCUCAAGACAAUAUUGGUGGGGGACGAGAGAAAAAACCUACAUACUACCAAAUAAUGUAUAAGGCUGAUUCGAGUGAAUCAGAAUUUCAAUAUACAGAUAUGAAAAAUAUGAGAAAGGAGAAAAAUAUAACAGAAAUCAUAGAUGGGUUGAAACUCGGUACGUUAUACAUAGUAGGUGCGGUAUUGAUUUCGGAAGACGGUAAUUUCAACGAAGAAAUAAAAACGUCUCUUUAUGCAACGACUUGUGAAGAGCCUAAGAACAUAAGCUAUGAACUGAAAUUGUCCAAUAACGAACUCAACUCGAUAAGCGCAACUUGGAAAAAGCAUAACCGACGAAGCGAAAACGAAUGCAAAAUUAACUACUACAAUUUAACUCUAUUUUUAAACGACAAAACUGUGUCUGAAAACAAAUUAGGAAUAGAUUCAAACGUUUAUAAUUUCACAAAAUUAAUACCAGGUUAUUUAUACACUGUUCAAAUUAAAGCACACACAGCUUUAGGCUUAAUUGAGUCAAAAGAAAUGGCUCACAUGAGCACUAAACCUCAUGGUGACAUUAUGUUAACAAAUAUCGUAGGCAAAGUAGACGAUUUUAACAAAAGCAUCCGUUUGAAAUGGGAACUGGUCGAUUCAAACAUGAAAGCACCGUUGGCCUACACUAUUAAGUACAAGGCCAACAGAUAUUUCAGUUGUUCUCGCCGUAUCGUGGAAAGCAACUGGACAAUUGUUAACGUAUACAAUCGAUUUGAAUACGAAAUCUUGGACUUGGUACCUAACACACAAUAUAUAGUAAACGUCGAGCCCAGUAUUAAUUCGGAAUCUCAGGAGAAUACUAUUUUCGUUAAGACGCCACUUUCGACACCAAACUUAGCGCCUGUCAUGAACGAAAACCAAUCUAUAUACGUGACUAAUCAAACUGCAAAGUUCAAGUGGAAUUUCGAUAAAAACGAUUGCACUAAACUCAACGGAUUUUUUUCCGGAUACCAUUUAAUACUGAAGAAUUUAAAUUAUGAUACGGAAACGGUAAACGACACCAAAAAGAAUACAGUGGAAUACGUUGACCUCGAUCCAGACACAAAUUACGAAAUUCAAAUUUACAUUACAACCAACAAUGGAUUCGAUCCAAAUUAUAUGCUAUCGGUACCGUUUAAAACGAAAUCGAAAUUUUUAUCGCCAGUAGACGAUUUAACUGUUUACAAAAAAGAUUCUAGACACAGAGCAGUAUCGCUCCGUUGGGGAUACCCCGAAGACGCUGACGUGCAAGGCUUUAUGAUCACAAUAACUAAAGACAACGUUUUAACUACUUUCAAGGAAAUCCGCGCAAAUAAAGAAAAAUGUACAGGUUGGCCGAACUUUUACUGUACGACCGUAUCAAGUUUGAUGCCUAAAGACCAGUAUACUUUUAUGGUGAAAGCUGUGUCGGAAGACUACCCCGAAGGAGGUCUGCCAGCUUCAGUCAGCUGCAACUUUAUAGAUGGGUUUUCAGACGAGCCCGGUAACCUAAGAGCUACUCGUGUAGGCUCAAAUAACAUCACAUUGGAAUGGGACAUUCCGUGGAUUUUCAACGGUGUUCUGAAAUCGUUCAUUGUGAACAUGGAAGAAAUUACAGCUUUAGACAUGGAAACUUGUUGUGCCAGUCUUCCCGAUGUAGAAAUAAAUGUAACACAAGAAAUACCGACUUACAACUGCACUUUAACCAACCUAAAAUCCGGUUCCACAUACUCGAUCGGUGUUUUGUCGAAGACCUCGUGGUAUGGACAAGCCAAUCGAAUUUUCGUGACAACGUUGGCAAACUCUACACGAGAAAUUUCAACCACGACGGAGAUGGCUCUAUGAGAUGAUUUAUCACUCGAUGAAACCUUACAAUAAUCUAAUUUAAUAAUACAAUAUGUACAUUAAAUUCGUUCAGUUAGACGAACUAUCUAUAUUUUACUAAAUAUAUGUUUUUUAUGGUCUAAUUGAAAUAAUCUUUUAUUGUAUACUUCAAUAUGAAUUGCUGAUGUUUUGGCUUCGACUCGUAGCUAAAAAGGUAUUUAAUCUACAAUGAUGUGUGUUAUUUGUGUCUGUUAACUUUUUUUUUCACUGGACCAAUUUACUCGAGUAGCGCCUCAAUAAUGUAUCCGAAAACUAUUGUAGACAAAACGAUUUUUUUUUAAUUAUUAAAAAAAUGUAUCAUCAGGCCAGUAAAAAGUUAAGGAGAUGUAUGAUAAGCAAGAAAAAAAAAAUGAAUUUUGCAAAAAAAAAAUAUUAUACACCAGACUUAAAAAGUUCUUUUAUCUUCCUACUACCAGAUCCAAUUUCACUAAAAAUGUACCUCUCAUUCGUAUGAUGGGAAUUUUUAACUAUUUAUGAUUUAUAUUAUUCUUGUUAAGGCCACACCUCUCAAUAUUACC